AUGGCCACGGGAGGCGCAGGGCAGCCACCAAAUUCUCCUCCUCAAAACAUCAAUCAUUCUGGACAGCGCGGUGGUGCACCUGCUCCUUCUCCGUCGGCUGCGACUGCGGCGUCCCCUCCUUCCAAGCGCGAGUUGACGUCCUGGUGGAAAAAGUUUCGGAAGACGACUGAAAAGACGGAUGAGCAAGUUGAACACGGCCCACAAGGUAUCUUCGGAGUUCCUUUGGCGGAAAGCAUCAGAUACGCGAACGUUGCGAUUUCAUUACAGAACGAGCAUGGCGAAAGUUUCAUCUACGGCUAUGUCCCAAUCGUCGUUGCGAAAUGCGGCGUUUUCUUGAAAGAGAAAGCUACCGAUGUGGAAGGCAUCUUCAGACUUAGCGGAUCUGCAAAGAGAAUCAAGGAUUUGCAAACAGUUUUCAACUCUCCUGACAGAUAUGGCAAAGGAUUGGAUUGGACCGGCUACACAGUCCACGAUGCAGCCAACAUCCUCCGUCGCUAUCUCAACCAGCUUCCCGAACCCAUCGUCCCUCUCGACUUCUACGAACGAUUCCGUGAGCCCCUUCGAGCAACCCGAGUUCUGGGACCUGACGGCGAAAUGCACCCCAGGGACCUUAGCGUCAGCGAGCACAGUGCGGCGGUGUCCGCAUACCAGAAACUCAUCACGGAACUUCCACCUCUGAAUCGUCAACUUCUUCUUUACAUCCUCGACCUGCUGGCAGUCUUUGCGUCCAAGUCAGACCUCAAUCGUAUGAACGCUGCAAAUUUGGCUGCCAUCUUCCAGCCAGGCAUCAUCUCGCACCCAUCGCACGACAUGUCUCCGCGGGAAUACAGCUUCAGUCAAGAUGUCUUGAUAUUCUUGAUCGAGAACCAGGACAACUUUCUGAUCGGAAUGUCAGGCACUGCAGUUGAUGAAAAGACACAAAAAGAUGUCGAGAGCGGAGCACCCUCUGUACGUUCUCCGAAGGCUGUGGGCCGCUCGGCCUCAAAUGCCAGUGCAGGUGCGGACAGUCUACGGAAGUACGGUGUACGUCGGAAUGUGUCGGUCUCUUCGCGCGGGUCGAGAGAAAGGGGCAGUCCUGGAGUUUCGAGCCCGGGCACUCCGCCAGGUGUGGCCUCAUUCACUGGAGGUGGAGGCAUAUCUCGGAGCAACACUGUUCCGUCGAAGCGAUCUCCCGCCAUUGCUUCGGGUCGGUUUCAACAGAUCAACAAUGCUUCAGAUUCCUCACCAACGAUCAGCUCUCCAAUCGCAGGCUCGGAAACACCACCAGCGGCUGACGCGGAGGAACAGGAAGCGAACGCUUCUCAGCCUGCUUCCGCUGUGGCAGAAGAAGGCCCCAGUAAGGCGACUAUAACUUCACCACCUAUUCCAGGGCCACGGUCUUCGAGUCGACCCAAAAAGCAGCAGAGUCAGUCCGCAUAUGAGUCUGCAACGUUACCUGAUCAGGCCGCCCCCGUCCCGCAGCAAGCUUCAAACCAAGCAUCAGUUGCGCCAGCAGGCCCCGUUCCUCCCCGUGAGCGCAAGGUGACCAACUUGUUUCCAAGAUCACCCAUUUUUGGUCCUUCAGAUCCUCAGGGCAGACAGCCGAAGAAAUUGCAAAAGAGGCAGCGAAUCCCAGGAAGCGUCAAUGACAGUGCACAAAGCUCGUUGAAUGAUCUUCAUGGCGAAGAGCAGAGCGCUUUUCAUACGCCGCUUGUCUCACCAGACGCCACUAGCGUUGGUAAGAUUGACCCUUUGGAUGCGUUUCAGGGACCACCUGUGACGAACACAGCUGCCACGCCGGUCAAUGAGACGCCAAACCCCAAACAAUCUACUAAUGCUACUAGUAAUCACGACGAGCCAGUCCAGGCAGCAGGACUGAGGCCGCCCAAAUCUCCGGCUGCAUCAACACAUUCUCGCUCAUCCUUCACGGAUCAGUCUGAGCUGGAGAACAAUGACGACGGAGUGCCACGGCCAGGAAAGGAGAAGCGUCGUAGCCGCUGGAGAUUUUCAUCUUCUGCGAGGAAAGGAGAAAACUCACCUCUGGCGCUGCCGCCACCUAUUGGACAGAAUGCAGGAGCACGAGGAAGUAAUAGUUCUUUAGGUAGCUCCAGGCAGCCGAGGAAGAGCUUCACGGGCGACUCUCAGCAACCGCAGUCGGCGCAUGAUUACCAGCCCUAUGGAAGCGGACAGCAGUCAUUGGUUGGGCAAUCCAGCCAGGAAUCGAAUGAAGCUCCAAUGGAGACGGAAAAGAAAGGUCUUUUUGGCAAAUGGAAGGCCAAAAUGUCACAGACCAGGGAAGAGAGGCAAGCAGAAAAGGAGAGGGCGAAAAGUCCGCCAAGGAAUGAGAAUGCGGCAUCUCGAAGCAGUCUGAAUGCCUUCACUCAGGAACACUUUGCAGCUCGGGGGAGGUCCUUUGACAAGCCUAGAGAUGAGGCGGCGUUGUCGAGUGUUGCGGAAAAGCCUGUUACUGAAGGGAACCCAGCGGCGGAUUCAGGCCAAGCAGACAAGCUAGGAGCAGGAAUAGGUACAGGCGCAGGAACCGCCUGA